ACUCAAAUAGCAUGGUAUUUCCACGAGACGCUCCGUCACUCUAACCUGUUACUCCAUCACAGUCCCAGACCAGAAAUCAAGAAAAACUCCCCGAUCUCCAUCUUUCAAACCUUUUUCAUUCGGAACAAGAGAAAGAGCCUUACCUUAAAAUGCACUCAAUUUUUCGUCACUAACCAUAAAGUCCACCCGACUCUGAUCACUAACAUCUCACCCAACCCAAUUCCAUUUUCUCCCCCAACAACUCCCUUCCAUAAUAAUAUUUCUUCUCCCAUCAAAAACAGAUCCCCAAUUCGCAACGGAGUUUCGAAACGUUUCCCCCACCAAGAAUAGAACAUCCUCCAUUCGCGACGGAGUUCGAAACGUUUCGCUUGCCCAUCAUGGUGGAGACCUCACCGGUGGGGCGGUUCCACCACUACCAGAGGCUGGACCUCCGGCGGUGGGUCCCUUCCUUCGUGUCCUCGCACAGGGUCCUCUUCACGGCGCUCUGGGUCGUCGCGUUCCUCUCCGUUUUCGUGUGGCAGAGGAAUAUAAUUGAUGGGUUUUCGAUCUUCGGCGGUCGGUCCGUGGCGGCGAAGCCCAUGCCGAGGAUGAGACCCGUGGCCUUCAAUUUGACGGAUUUUGGGGCGGUGGGCGAUGGGGUUACGGCGAACACCAAGGCGUUUGAGAGAGCCAUUUUGGCCAUUUCUAAGUUGGGCAAGAAAGGUGGAGCUCAGCUCAAUGUCCCUCCCGGUCGUUGGCUCACCGCUCCGUUUAAUCUCACCAGUCACAUGACGCUUUUCCUUGCUGAGGAUGCUGAAAUUCUUGGAAUUCAGGAUGAGAAGUAUUGGACAUUAAUGCCUCCAUUGCCUUCAUAUGGGUAUGGGAGAGAGCAUCCUGGGCCUCGGUAUGGGAGUUUGAUUCACGGCCAAAAUCUCAAAGACGUUGUUAUUACGGGGCAUAAUGGUACCAUAAAUGGGCAGGGUCAAACGUGGUGGAAGAAGUAUCGCCAGAAGCUUCUCAACCACACUCGGGGCCCACUUGUCCAGAUCAUGUGGUCAAGUGACAUUGUGAUCACUAAUAUCACUUUACGUGAUUCUCCAUUUUGGACACUUCAUCCUUAUGACUGCAAGAAUGUUACCAUCAGAAAUGUCACUAUUUUGGCCCCCGUAUAUGAAGCUCCAAAUACUGAUGGAAUUGAUCCCGAUUCUUGCGAGGAUAUGGUGAUCGAGGACUGUUACAUUAGUGUUGGAGAUGAUGCGAUCGCGAUUAAGAGUGGCUGGGAUCAGUAUGGAAUUGCUUACGGACGACCUUCAACAAACAUACUCAUCAGGAAUCUUGUUGUUCGCUCUAUGGUCAGUGCGGGCGUAUCAAUAGGCAGCGAGAUGUCUGGUGGGGUUUCAAACGUCACCGUCGAGAACCUCCUUGUUUGGAGCUCAAGGCGUGCCGUCCGGAUAAAGACCGCCCCAGGAAGAGGCGGAUAUGUCCGCCACAUAACCUACCGAAACCUAACGUUUGACAGCGUGCGUGUCGGCAUUGUUAUCAAGACAGACUACAACGAACACCCAGACGAGGACUACGACAGGAAGGCUCUUCCAAUCCUUGAGGACAUAAGCUUCACAGGCAUCCAUGGACAGGGAGUUCGAGUCCCUGUCCGCAUACACGGCAGCGAAGAUAUCCCGGUGAGAAAUGUGACUUUCCGGGACAUGUCGGUAGGGAUAACGUACAAGAAGAAGCAUAUCUUCCAAUGCGCCUUCGUGGAAGGCCGCGUAAUAGGGACCAUCUUCCCUGCCCCUUGUGAGAAUCUUGAUAGAUACAAUGAGCAAGAACGCUUGGUUAAGCACUCUGCUUCACAGAACGCCACAGACAUAGAUUAUGAUUUCUGAUUUGGCAACGUUGCGGCAUAUAAGCAGUUUUUUUUUUUGACAAUUUGUGUUGAGUAUUUUACUCACUCCAUUUUUCAGAUUUUUUUUAAUAUGAUGUAUAUAGUUUUUUCAUUAUUAUUAUUAUUUUUGUUCUUUAAACAAUUCGUGGAAACGUCUCGUUUCAUUUUCGUAGACCAUGCAUCACUUUUUUUCCCCCCCUUUUUUUAAUGGAUAUCCAGUCUUCUCAGUUUCUGCUUCACUUAGUCGGACAAAGAAAAUUUUGUUUGAAUAAAAGAAGAAAAUAAU